UUGUUCUUUUCUUUUCAUGUUGGAUAGGUAGGCUUAUUUCAUCUUUGUUUUAGACAAGUGAGAGGCACACAAGCCUUAUGGAAGCACAAUCUUUUCCCAUUGCCCUAUUCAAUCUUUGGAUGCAUACAGGUCACACCUUCCAAGUGACCCAGUGACUUAAGCCUCCCUAACACACCUUCCCAUUCCUUCCCACCCCACCUCCACUAAUCCCACAUGCAGAGGAAUCCAUUCGGCAGAGACAAAGAGGAUGUCACGGACCAGAUCACUGCUGCAUAUGGCUCACCACUGGAGGGUACUAUAGACCUACGAGAGGAGGAGAUGGAACAGUCUGUCUCAGGUCUGACAUUCACCCUGGACCCCUCUGCUGCUGCUCCAUCCCUCCAUCUCUCCACCUCUUCUCUCACUGUGACCUUCCACGGACCAAGCCCUCCGCCACUACCCUCUCGCCAUCAUGGAAACAGGGUCACAGGGUCAGUAACGAGCACUGAAUCCCAGGAGUCUGCCCCCCAGCCCCUCCCUCAGGUGUGUGGGGACGUGGUCAUCGUCAGGGGUCAGUUCUACUGGGAGGUGGAUGUCUGCAACAGCACCCUCUACCGGAUAGGAGUGAGCUCAUUGGACGAUGCUUGCGGCUGGUGGCUGGAAAGGCGGGGCUUGUCCUUCUCCACUGUGUAUGAUAACCGUCGGGAGCCCUUAUGUGUCGUGCCACCCCAGAUCAAGACCCUAGGGCUGUUCCUCAACAUGGGUGGAGGGACGCUGAGCUUCCACAACCCUCUGACCCAGGAGCACCUGGCCACCCUACCAACUCGCUUCAGCCAUGCUGGGGUACGUCCCGCUCUGGGGCUGGGCCAGGGCAGGCUGAGGCUCCACUGUGGCCUACCCCCUCCACCCCACGUUUUUCUCAGCCGAGCAUCCGACUAUAGAGGGCCUACUGGAGCUGGUGGGGGUCGCUGGCGCAGAGACAUGCCCUUCCGAUCUGUACGGAUGGUCAUCCAGAAGUUUGAGGAGCUGGCGGUGUCAGAUUCUGACUCAGGGCUGGUGUCCAGUUUUGGGUCAUCCUGCUCCACUUUGGCUGAACCAGGCCCAGGCCUCAGCUUCAGCCUCAGCCCAGGAGCAGCUCUCCAUUCUGGGAAAGAGGGGAAGGAGGCUGGGGCAGAGUGACAUAUGGAGGACAGAGUGUAGUACCUUGUACAAUGAUGGGCCUCUACCCUGCUGGUGAUAGGAGCAACCUGCUACCACAUCACGCUGUCACAUCGUCACAUUGCAAAUAGGUUGUCACAAGGUUGGUCAUGACAAUGUGUGACAAAUUUGGGAUAAACUUGUGAGAUGGAAGGACCAUUCUUCUGCUGUAUGAUGGGAGAAAAGUGAAUAACACACCAACUCUUUGGGAUGAGUUUGAUGUUUGGAUGACCAUUUCCAUGUGUAAUUUCCCAUCUCUGAAGAACUCUCUGUGACUUCUCCCCAGGACGCUGGGCUUCCUCUCAGCUACACAACCCCUGGAGGUUUGGGGCUGGGCCAGCACUCUGUGGGGGUGUUAGGAGGAUGUCUCACUGGGGGUCCCACACUCUGGUGUGGGGGUUGAUUGUAGGACAGUAGGGUUGAUACGGAUGGUGGUGGUGUGUGUGUGUGAGGAUGUGUGUGUGUGUGUGUGUGUGUGUGUGUGUGUGUGUGUGUGUGUGUGUGUGUGUGUGUGUGUGAGGAUGUGAGGCGUGGUAGUCAGUGGCGGUAACACUACCAGUAUUGACUCAGGGUCACAAAGACAGGUGGUAACGUACGUUUAUCCCGCAGGACGUGUGUUUGUGUGUGUGUGUCUGUGGGGGGGGGGGGGG